AUGGAUUUAGCUUUUAUUAAUAAUUUACGAAAAAUAAUUAAUGAAGAUGAUAGAAUUGUUACAAUAACACUUCUUAUUGAUAUUAUUUCAAAUUUAAUUAAUGAUAGAAAUAAUCAUCGACAUCAUACAUUACCUAACAAUUAUAUUCAAGAAGUUUUUCACAAAUAUUCAGGAGCUAUGAGUUGUCUACAAACAAUCGGAUUUAAACAGGUGAAUGAUGAUUAUGUAUUUGAUCAAACAACAUCUAAUGAAAAACUUGAAGAAAUAGUUAAAUUACUUGAAAAUGAACUUGAUUCAAAUCCUCUCGAUCAAUCUAAACAAAUAAAAUGUAAUGUUAUAGAUCUUGGAAUAAUUGAUGAUGAUAAAUUAGAAUAUAAAUUAAUCUCAUAUGAUAAUCUUGGUAUUCCAUUGGAAUUUAGUAAAUUAAUUCCAUUUUUAUCAACAUUAAAACAAGUUCAAUCUUAUGAAGAUAUUAAUCUUCGUCGUUAUAUUCGUUCAUCCAUAAUUCCAUUAGAAGAUUUUAAUCGAAGAAUUUCUAAUCGAAAAAAUCAAACAGAUAUUGAUAAACGUGAUUUAUUAUUAAUUGAGUUAUUAAGAUGGUUUAAAGAAGAAUUUUUUACGUGGUUUGAUCAUCCAAAUUGUGAUCGAUGUCAAAAAUCAAUGGAUUUUUUUCAAUAUGUUCAACCAACAAGAGAAGAACAAGAACAAGGAGGUGCACAUAAAGUCGAACUUUAUAAAUGUUCAAAUUGUUCAUCUCAAUAUCGUUUUCCUCGUUUCAAUGCUCCAUUAAAAUUAUUAGAAACUCGUUGUGGUCGUUGUGGUGAAGCUGCAAAUCUAUUUACUUGUCUUUGUCGUGCAUUAUCAUUUGAAAGUCGUUAUAUAUAUGAUACAACUGAUCAUGUUUGGACUGAAGUUUAUUCCGAAAAUCAAAAUCGAUGGAUUCAUUGUGAUUCAUGUGAAAAUCUUUGUGAUUCUCCACUUAUUUAUGAAAAAGGAUGGAAAAAAAGUUUAUCAUAUUGUAUUGCUUUUGCUAAAGAUCAUAUUGAAGAUGUUACUUGGAGAUAUGUUACUCAUUUUAAACAAACAAUACAAACAAGAAAUAUUAAUGAAUAUAUCUUCGCGAAAAUUAUUUCUCAAAUUAAUCGAAAAAUUCAAUCACAACUUAAUCAACAAGAUAAAAACAAAAUUAUUUCCAAUCGAAUAAAAGAUCUAGUUAGUAUGUUAAAUGAAGAAAAAUUAACAAAAGAAAGUGAAUUACAUGGAAGACAAAGUGGUUCACUUACUUGGAAAUUAGCACGAGGAGAAACAGAUGAAAAAAAUGAUAUAACAAAUGGAUUUAUUUAUUUAAUAAAUAAUCAAGAAUGUGAAAAAGGUUUUAUUACUAUUGAAUAUAAUUCUGUAUUAAAUAAAUAUUAUCGUAAUGGUUUUGAAGAAAAUCAAAUAGAUGGAUGGAUCGAUAAAGUUUAUUCAUCUUCAAAUAUUCAAAGAAAAAUUGAAAAAGAUUGGAAAAUGGUUUAUUUAUCAAGAAAUAAAUUAUUUCAAAAUGGAUUUAUUUCAUGGUUUAUACAAUUUAAUUCCGAACAAGAACAAUUUUAUCGAUUUAAUAAAAUUAAUAUCCAAUGUCCAUCAACAAUUUUUGAUCAAUAUGCUCAAAUUAUUUGUCAAUUACAUAUUGGAGAUCAACUAAUUAUUGAUAUACCACAAAGUUCAAAUUCAUCAUUUGAAUAUAUUCUAGACGAGAAAAUAAAUUCUUUAUCAAAUAUUCGAAUUGGUUUUAAAGUUAUAUUAACAAGUUCAAAUGAUAAUAAUGAUGAUACUGCUUGGCAAAAAGCUCAAUUAUUUCGACAGUCAAUUGAACAAAUUUCAAAUAAUGAUCAAUCACAUUUUCUUAGAAUAAAUCUUACUAUUGUUAAAAAACAUGCCAAUUAA